AUGUAUGAAGAACUUGGAGGCAAAGGGAGAGAUAUAAAAUUGUACAGGCUAAACGAGGUGCGAGAAAGGAAGGCUCGUGACCUGGAUCAACUGAAGUGCGUCAAGGACGAGGAUGGUAAAGUGUUGUUGGAUGAGGACCUUAUUCGGUGGAGAUGGCAGACUUGCUUCCAUAAACUCUUGAAUGAAGAGGGGGAUAGGAAUAUUGUGUUGGGUGACUUAGAACACUCCAAGAGUCGUCGGGACUUUGGGUAUUGCAGGCGUAUAAGAAUUGAGGAGGUAGAGGGGGCUAUGCGUAAGAUGAGCAGAGGAAGAGCGAAAGGGCCAGACGAAACACCGAUUGAGUUAUGGAAGGUGGAGCUAAGGGUGAGGAGGAUUGUGUUGAUUUCAGAGAACCAAUUCGGAUUUAUGCCGGAGCGUUCGACUACAGAAGUUAUUCACCUUGUUAGGAGGUUGAUGGAGCAGUAUAGGGAGAGGAAGAAGGUUUUACGUAUGGUGUUCAUCGACUUAAAGAAGGCUUAUGAUAAAGUGCCGAGGGAGGUGCUGUGGAGAUGUUUGGAGGCUAAAUGA